UCUUUCUCUCUCUUUGGUGCUUGAUGCUCCGAAGCGCUUGGUUGUAUCGGAAGAAAGGAUUUUGAGAGAUUGUUUGGGACGAAACUUGAAUGACUGAAGGGAAAAGAAUGUGGCAAGUGCAGUGAGCGUAUGUGUGUGUGUCCAGUGCCGCUCGAGCUGCUGCACCUGUCCCUCUCAGUCUCCCGCGCCCAAACUCGGCAGGCAGGCAGGCAGAGUCGCGCGGAAGGCGGGCGUUAUCAAGUCAGCGGCGCACAACACGAUCUGCCCGAACAUGACUUCGUCUUACAAUCUGGAUUUUCUCCCCGAGAUGAUGGUGGAUGGAAGAUUGCUGGGCACCGGAGAGAGGAUUAACGGUACAGCUGUGAAGAUGAAUGGCGCCCUGGAACACUCGGACCAGCCCGAUCCGGACGCCAUUAAGAUGUUCGUGGGACAGAUCCCACGCUCCUGGUCCGAGAAAGAGUUGAAGGAGUUGUUCGAGCCGUACGGAGCCGUUUACCAGAUCAACAUACUGCGAGAUCGCAGCCAGAACCCACCGCAGAGCAAAGGGUGCUGUUUUGUCACAUUCUACACACGGAAAGCUGCCCUGGAGGCCCAGAAUGCACUGCACAACAUAAAGACCUUAACCGGGAUGCACCAUCCCAUACAGAUGAAGCCCGCAGACAGUGAGAAAUCAAAUGCGGUGGAGGACAGAAAGCUGUUCAUUGGCAUGGUGUCCAAGAAGUGCAACGAGAACGACAUCCGGGUCAUGUUCUCUGCCUUCGGACAGAUCGAGGAGUGCCGUAUCCUGAGGGGACCAGACGGACUCAGCCGAGGAUGUGCGUUUGUCACGUUUUCAACCAGGGCUAUGGCACAGAAUGCAAUCAAAGCCAUGCAUCAGUCUCAAACCAUGGAGGGCUGCUCCUCCCCAAUGGUGGUGAAGUUUGCAGACACACAGAAGGAUAAGGAACAACGGCGGCUCCAGCAGCAGUUGGCACAGCAGAUGCAGCAGUUGAACAGCGCGUCUGCAUGGGGCAGUCUCACUGGGCUGACCGGCCUCACCCCACAGUAUCUGGCAGUAAGAGGACACACCCACGCAGCCACGCCCACCAGCAGCACAGCCAGCGCGGCCGCCGCACUGCUCCAACAAGCAACCACCUCCAGUAACCUAGGAGCGUUCAGUGGUAUUCAACAAAUGGCAGGUAUGAAUGCUCUGCAGUUGCAGAAUCUUGCUACUCUAGCAGCAGCAGCGGCUGCAGCACAGAGCUCGGCCAGCCCGUCCACCGCUAGCGCCCUGACCUCCAGCACAGGGUCCCUGGGAGCCCUGGCCAGCCCAGCAGGUUCCACGGCUAACUCUAGCAUGGGUGCGAUGGGUUCCAUGGGUUCCAUGGGUUCCCUGGGCUCUCUGGGCACACUGCAGGGUCUGGCCGGGGCCACCGUGGGCCUCAAUAACAUAAAUGCACUAGCAGGUAGCGUCAACAUUGCUCACAUGCUCUCAGGUAUGGCGGCUCUGAACGGCGGGCUGGGCAGCACGGGCCUGAGUAACGGGUCGGCCGGGCCCAUGGACGCUCUCACGCAGGCCUACUCAGGGAUCCAACAGUACGCGGCUGCCGCCCUGCCCACCCUCUACAGCCAGUCCUUACUGCAGCAACAGAGCGCUGCGGGAAGCCAGAAAGAGGGUAGGACAGCAAACACAGACCUACACAGACUCACAGGACCUGAAGGGGCCAAUCUGUUCAUCUACCACCUGCCACAGGAGUUCGGGGACCAGGACAUCCUACAGAUGUUCAUGCCUUUUGGAAAUGUGGUGUCUGCCAAAGUCUUUAUCGACAAACAGACCAAUCUGAGCAAGUGCUUUGGUUUCGUCAGUUAUGACAAUCCAGUAUCAGCACAAGCUGCCAUUCAGGCAAUGAACGGGUUUCAGAUCGGCAUGAAGCGCCUCAAAGUCCAGCUCAAGCGCUCAAAGAACGACAGCAAACCGUACUGAUCUUAGCACUAGGGCCUCUCUCAUGUUACACUGCUAGGAACUCAUCUCCAUGACUCUAUGCUCAUCGUUUGCCUAGCAUGUCUACGUGGCGUACAAAAAAGUCUCAUCGUCCCGUCAUUGUUUCUGAUGUCUUUCUGAGUUCUCCUGAUCAUAACCUGGUCUCCUUCUACUGAUCUCUGAACUUUGAUCUUAGCCUGAUCUUUUUGGAAUUUUUUCGCAUGUGACCUCAUUUUGAGCUUUUGUUUUUUGUUUUUUUGAUUAACUGGUGAGGGAGGGAACGAGGGAGGGAAGAAAGAGAAGAAAGUAUAAUAAUAAUGUGAAAACGCUGCAUUCACUCUUUAGAGACAGAAUAUAUUUACUAACAUAACCAGAGCAUCAUUUUAAGAAAACGAAAAAAAACGUUAAAAAAUCCUGUGGCGAAACAAUUACGAAUAUUUGCUUUUGUUUUGUUUUUCAUUUGUCAGAUUAUGAUUUCUCUCUUUAUGUUGUUUUCUUUUCCAUUCAUUUAAAGUAAACUUGAACGCUUAAUACAGGGAUUGGCGUCGGGACUUACUGUCGGCAACACUCUUCAUUUGAGGCCUGCCGUAAGAAACCUACGCCGGUUUCUUAACAAAAUAGACUACUUCCACACAGUUUUAAUAAAAAAAGACUGUCUGAUCGAUAUUAGAAUCUCUCUGGUUUUUACAUUUUUCAGGCAGUGUAAAGUUUUUUAAGGCCAUUUUAAGUGGCUUGAUUUCUCAUUAAAGUCUAUAUAAAACCACUUUUUUCUAGAGUAGUAAAGGUAUUAAAAAAAGAAAAAGAAUAAAAAAACAAGGUUGCCCUGUUUGGGGGGAAAUGCUACCUACGUGUCACACCUUUUGCUGAACUGACUUACAGUUAGACAAUCCGUGGUUUAAAUGCACAUGAAAUGACCUAUAUUUUAUACUGUUUAAAUGUAUAGAGGAAAAAACAGAGUUUGUGUAACCCGCGGUCCCGUCGGUGCUUUUCGUGGAUAAAGUCGUGGUUUCAUCAAGUCUAACAGUCUUAUUUGUCUCAUGUUUUUAAAGAGAAGACUAAAAAUCAAUUUACUUGAACAAUAGACAAAGCCUUUCAUAUUACUAUUACUACUACGGUUUUUGUUCGUUUUGUUUCUUCCUGUUUUUCUUUCUUUGUUUUGGUUUCGAUAGGAGUCCCUCUUUGCUAAAUUUCUUGUUGGGUAAUUAGCUAUAUAAAAAUUCUUAAAGUUACAGUGUCGGCUUGUGAAGCAUCUGUGUCAUUAUAUUAUUUCAUUUCUAUUGUGGGAAACAAUAUUUAGAUGUGUUAUGUUGUUCAGCAAAAUGUGAUUUUUUUUUUCUUAUAAAGAGUGGAAUUUAGUGCCAAAUUCUGACGGUACAUCCUGCCUACAGCUUCAGUGUUUUACUUGUGAAAUUAUUUGAUAACAUGGGUAUUUUAUUACGUAAGUGUUUUGUAUGGAACCCUCAUAUUUAAAGAUAUAGAUUUAAAAAAGGUUGUUAACUUGCUCUUCUGUGGUCUUGUUGCCUGAAACUGUUCAUGUUUUUUGCUUUUCUUUCUUAUUUUCUUUGUAAAGAUGUAAAAAGUGCCCAUGUGUCAUAAUCUCUCUCACAAGCACACAGACACACACAUACACACACGCGUUCACAAGUGAGCACAUAUGCACACACAUGCACGCAUACACACACCUGUGCUAAAGGUUGACCUCACAACCCUCUUUUCUUCGACGGUGUGUGUAUGUGAGCCCCUGAGAUUGAGUCUCAGCAGUUCUCCUCACACACACACACAUACAUUAAGGGUCCACUUACACCACCGAAGGCCGACUUAUUUACUUCAGAGCCAAAUGUGACAGGAAAACGUCGUCUGAUGCGUUAUCUUUGCGAGUGAACGAUUUAUGCGUGUCGAGACACAGCAUUGAAUUUUUUAUGUGUAUCGGUAGUUUCACUUUUGACCAUCACACACAACAGCUGUUCUAUGUUAGUUUCUGUUAAAUGCGAAAUCUCAGUGUAGUCUUGCUUCCCGCUGCCUUUGUCAGGACUAUUUAACGUUAGUAGGACAAGCAAAAGCGUCCUGAUGCCAAAGUUGUUCACACUCAUUAUUUGAUAGCGCCUGUAGCACUGCUGAAAACGUUUACACAUCUUCUUCAUGCCCGUAUAAGUAUUGUUUACAAACGUAGUUUACAGGCAGCCCCCUUAAAAGUCGUUUACUUCACUUUAUAGCACUAUUUUCUACCCUAGCUCUGCCGUUGCCUUAACGUGUCGAUCAGUAUUAGUGGGCUGGAAUAUUUUGCUGCACAAUGAAAACGUGUGCCGAGGGUUGGUGUGUCUGUGUAAAUGUGCACAUGUGAUCGAUUGUUUGUACUCUAUCUGUCCACGUUAUUUUAGAAACUUAAGCAUAGAUCUGCCAACUUUUUAGCCGGUUUAAAAGCAAAGGACCUUCUUUCAUGAAGCACACACUGAGAGCUGGUAAAAAAAUGGAGAAACACGACUGUUGGGUAUUAAGGAACCUAUGUUGGGUUUUUUCAGCUCUAAAUUCUGGGUUGUUUUAACCACUGGGUGGGUCAAAAAUGGACAUUUUGACCCAGUAUUUACUAAGGCGGCAAAAAAGCCAUUAUUGUGUGAAAUCCUACAUUUGUUCUUCAAACCAAUACUGAAAUUGCUCCAAAAUUCUUUUCUCCAAAAGUAUUUAAACUCACCAUUGGGUCAAAAUGGACAAACCCAACUGUUUGGUUCAAUCAACUCUGCAAAUGAUUUAUUUUGGACCAUAUAUUGGGUUAAAACAACCCAGUACAUUGGGUUGAAACAACAUUUUUUAUAUAAGUAAAAUACAGUAAAAUACCAUAAAUUGUGAUGUAAAAUUACAUGUUUUUAUUGUAAAUUCUCAGUCUUUUCUGCCGUAUUGCAAAACUAAAUAAAACAUCUGUAAUAAAACAGUAAAAUUACGUUAUUUUUAUAUUAAAUACAGUGUUGGGUAAACCUAGUUACUAAGUAAUUAGUUACUGUAAUUUAAUUACUUUUACCUUGAAAAAGUAAAGUGAAGGAUUAUUUUUUAGUUAGUUAAUUCUGAUGUAAUUGAACUAAAUACUGUGCAAUAUAUUCAAUAUCGGAAAUUACAUACAAAUUCUAAGCCUAACUUUUAAACGUCUGCUUUAACGUAUCCUCACAUUUGUAUACUUUGUUCAGUUAAUAAGGAUCAUUUAUGUAGUUAUGUAUAAUUUAUUUGAAUGAAUUAAAUAAGCCGUUUCAUGUCUAUCCUUGAAUCAGUUCUAAUCAAGGUUGAUGUAGGAUGUAAUUAGUAAUAAGUAAUGAAAUACUUUUUGGAGAGAGUAAUUUGUACAGUAAUCUAUUAAACCAUUGAAUAUGUAUUUAGUAACUAGUAAUAAAUCACUUUUUCAAAGUAACUUACCCAACACUGGUUAUUUGUUAAUAUCUGUAAAAACAUAAAACAUUUGCAGAAUAACAUGUUUAACACGGUAGGUUAAUUUAUAAUGUAGUAAAUUGCAUUAAAGCAUUCAUUUCUAGACAAAAUUAGCAUUUUGUGAACCAUUUUGACCCCCAAAAAUUGCUCUGCUCGUGUCUCAUGAAUAAGGCCCAACAGAUUUGUUUUCCCUUAAAUCGGUUUCGUAUCGGGAAGUGACAGUCAGUCAGUCAUUGCCAAAUUUUAUAACCGCUAGCACAAACACAAAAGCACACUCGUUAACACGCAGUAUUUAACCUGAUGACUUGUUUGCUUACCCAGUACUCGGUACAGACUGGUUACCCGUCUCAUAAAUUUGAACUCAUAAAACCCUCCAAAGUUCCGUGUGGCAUGCGGAGAUUAUAAUCAUGCAGAGGUUUCAUUAAAUGCCACUUUGUUCGAUUUCAUUUGAUUUGCUUGAUGUAAUAUCGCUGUAAUGGACUGCGGUCUAGCUUAAGUAUCUUUACCUCAGCUCAGUAUCGGGGCUUCACAAACACUGGCGGUUAGUUUCCACCAUAGUUUUCACGUUCGUCCGGCGCACUUCAUCACAAUCAACUCCGCCGACUUCAGACAAACAGGGUACGUUUUCACGGCCAGCACAAUUUUGACCAUACACACGCAUAGAAACACAUUCGUCUGAUGUUAAGUAAAGCACAAGCUCACAGCAGUCUUUGCAGGAGUCCUCGCUGAGACUCGGGACUCAGGGGUUUAACGCACCACACACAUCUGAAACCUGUUUGUUGUUUCUUUGGUUCAUUUCUUUCUCUUAAGUGCUGUUUAACAAUUGUAUUUUGAAGAAAAAUAAUGAUGUGUAGUUUCUUUGCAUUUUGGCUUAUGUCAAGUUUUUUGAAAACAAUGUAUGUGUUUAUCUAACGUGCCGUAACAAAAGCUUGUCGUCUGUAGAUUAAUAUCAUUUCGUUUGAUUCUGAAAAGAUUUAAAUAGUUUUAAGUAUUGUCUUGAGAAAAGCCAAAGUCAAUGCAUUUCAGUGGAUUAUGUAAGCGUGAUACAUGUUUGUUUGACAACACUUUGGAAAUCUGUCAUUGGAUGGGAAUUGAAAAAGUACAAAAAAAGCAGGCUUUCCUAUUUCUAUCACUGAUUGUACUUAUGCCUUUUGUACCAGUGGAACUUUUUAUACUGGCAAUUAAAGGAAAAAAAAAACUAUCCGACAGGCUGCGCGGCCCCAGCCCGGGGCCGACGGCGACUGCUUCCCGAGUUUGAUUUCUAGUUGGCGUCCAGAACGGGAGGUUUUGAUAUAACGAUUUUUUAGGAGAACACUUUGGCUUGGUAUCCUUAGCCUCCUCUUCUUUAAUCUUCACGUUGCUUUCCUUUCUCCUUUCGUUUGUUUCUUUUCUGGGAAAGAGGGUCGAGGAGUUUUCCAUUUGGCUUAUAAAUACGUAAUGCGGUUUGUCUUUACAAAGAGUCUUUGCAUCAGCGGUAAGUUUCAUUUAGUUGAGUAUUGUGCUGUCACCAUGAUAAGACGAUUAGACGAUUUAGAAGUAUUUAGUCACCUUCAGUGGAUAAAUGUAUUAGUUUGACAACGAGAUAAAAGUAAUUUGAGGACUUUGCUUUUAGCUGUUUAGAUUUUUCUGGUUUCUCUGUCUUUGCUGUUAACCUAACUGUGUAGCUGGAACAGUCAGACUUAUUUUUGUAAAUGUAUGUUGUGUGAUGCAGUUUUUUGCCUCUGUCUCCGAUAUUAAACCAUUUUUCCUAA